AUAAACAGAAAGUUCAGAUUAACAACUUCCGGCUGAAGAGUCGAGAUGUCGGCGGACCUUUUCAAACAAAAACUCUUACAGGUGUCUAACCAGCUCACCGAGUCUCAGCUGAAGGAUUUGACUUUCCUCUGCGGGUUCAUCGGGAAGGCCCGUCUGGAGAAGAUUACCCAAGGAUACGAACUAUUUGAGGUCCUUAUCGAACGGAAGAAAAUCCAACACGACGACGCGGUGUUCCUGAGUGAUCUCCUGACUCAAGUCGGUCGAAGCGACCUGUCGGACCUGUUCACUACUGGGAACCUUGGUCCUACUGGGGGUCCGAAUGACCCUAGGGACGCAGAAGGAGUGAACAUUAAUUUGGCCGCGGAGGUGAUCGCUGAACAUCUAGGGAGAAACUGGCGCAAACUGGCGCGCAAGCUGGGCCUAUCGGAGGUGAAGAUCAAGAACAUUGAGCGGAGGGGCCAGCAGAUGGACCUGGAGGAGGUGGCGAUGGAGAUGGUCCGGGAGUGGAGGAGCACCCGGCGGGGGGAGGCCAAGGCGGAGCACCUCCUGGUCGCCCUCAGAGCAUGUGAGAUGAACCUCACCGCAGAGAAGGUGGAGGAGAGGCUACGGGAGGCUAGUGAGCAGUGAUGGAGCAACGUCCAAAAGAUUGUUUAUGCAGUGAAAGCAAACUGUGUUUUAUUUUUGGAGAUGUGAUGGUGGAGCGACUGACUGGUUUGGAGGAGGGCAGACGGUAAAUGAUGCAAUAAACGUCUGCUUUAAAGGUUU